UGCAGCGUGUUUAACUUUAUUACAAGAACACAGACAGUCAUAGAGGGAGGGAGACACAUUAAGGAAAUAACUUACAAGUAACUGAGCUGGAAAAUUACAAAGCUUUGAAUACCUUCUUUAUUAGAUCGACAUUAGAAGUGUAAAAGGAAUUUGAGGUGGUUCCUUCAAUCGAGAAAAUGAGCAAUACACCAAGAGAUCUGUUGAAAGAGAAGCUCGAUCAGCUUCAGUGUCACUUCACGUGGAGCCCCCAGAAGGAAACCAUUGACCUGGAAGAUAUGAUGUACAGGUUGCAAGAUUCUAUAAGUCUAAAUUUGAAGUAUAAAGAUCAGUCCUGCAACCAACUCGCUUUUGUCAACUGCCUGCAGGGCAACUAUGAAGAAGCAAUUCAAAAUCUGAAGGAAGCUGAAAAGAUUUGGAGAGAGAACCACAAAGAUAAAUUUGAAAGAAGCAUCAUCGUCACCUAUGGAAACUUUGCCUGGGUGCAUUACCACAUGGGACAACUGACCGAGGCCCAGUCCUACCUCAACAAGCUGGAGAUGAUCUGUAAACCACUCAGUGAUGGCCCUUGCUAUACAGCAUUGAUCCCUGAGGUGUACGGGGAGAGGGGAUGGUCAUUGUUAAGAUCUACAGCUCAAUAUUAUGAGGAAGCAAAGGAAUGCUUUGAAAAGGCUCUGGAAGAAGAUCCUGAUAAUGUGCAAUGGGUCAUGGGAUAUGCCACUGUACUGUUUCGCUUGGAAGCCAUUUCUGGAACCAGAGAGAAUCGUGAACAGAGUCAGUCAGUGAAGCAUCUGCGUCGUGUACUAGAGCUUGAUCCCGAUGAAUCGCUGGCCAUGGUUCUGUUGGCUCUAAAACUUCAGGAGCUCAAGCAAAAGAAAGAAGCAAAUGAAUUAGUUGAACAAGCAUUGCAGAAAACCUCUGAUUAUCCAAAAGUGCUUCGUAAUGCUGCAAAAUUUUACCGAAAAGAAAAAAAUUUGGAAAAAGCAAUCACGUUGUUGAAGAAAGCAUUAGAAAUUUCCCCACAUUCUAGUGUCCUGCAUGACCAAUUAGGUAUGUGUUACAGAAGCAAACUACUUGAAUUGAUUGACAAUCCUCUGAGUAAGGAUCCUCAGAACCCUGAAUUCCAACAAAGAGCAGAGUUGUUCAAUCAAUGCAAGCAUCACUUUGGAAAGGCAUUUGAGCACCGUCCAAAGUCAGCUAUUAAAUCACAACUGGAUUUUGCAGACAUCUGUCUAAGAAAUGGAGAGUAUUCUAAAGCAGAGGAGAUCUAUAGUGAUCUGUUGAAAUUAGUUGAUAUUCGUCCAGAAAGUAUGCAGAAAAUAUGUUUACAGGCUGGCCUAUUUCAAUUUUACCAGAGGAGGUCUGAAUUUAAUGCCAUCAGACUGUUCCAGAAAGCACUGAGAGUUAAGAAUGAUUCAAAGGUGUGGAAACAGUGUUAUGAGCAUUUGGAGAAAUUGGCAAAUAGGAAACUUUAUAGGAAUCCACAUGACAGCAUGGCACUUGGUGCAAAAGGGCUACUGCAUCAGCUGGUUCACAACAAGUCCAAAGCUAUUGAAUGUUAUGAAAAGGCCUUAGAGUUUGAUCCUGGCAAUGAAGAAUAUCUCAGUGCUCUCUGUGAACUACGCCUUUCCUUAAAGGACCGAAAUGAUAAUUAAAGAUGAACUGACUUUGUAAAAUGUGUCUAUUUCUGUUAGCGCAAUGUCUCCCCUUAGCACUACUUAUUGAUUGAUUAUUUACCCAUGUGCAUUGAUCUGUUGUUUGAAAAGUGAAUUGAUUCCACUGGAUCUAAGGACAGAUUUGCAGGAUUUCUUUACUUCUUAUAUUUUGUUUUUGAAUGAGAGUUUUAUUUGUGUAGAUUUAAUUUUUAAAAACAACCUUAUUGUAACUAUACCUAACCCCUGUGUUUUCUUUUCAAAGACAUUCUCUGGGCAUUCAAUUAAAUCUGAAAAGAAAGAAAGCUGCGUGUAUGGAAUUACAAUAAAUACAACCAAGUCCUGACCGGUUUUAGCAUCAGUUUGUUUAAUGCAGUAUUCUAUGAAUAUAAGUGGGAAUUGAAGUGGAGUCUGUGUCUGCUUUGACUAAAUGAAUGGAAUGGAAGCUGCACAUUCUUUGCAGCAUGGAUUCAGCAUUCUCGGGUUGGAGAAAGAUUGAAGGUGU